UAGAAGACUCUAGCGCGAUCGCUCUUUAGUGCGAUACAUUCUAUAGCAUUGUCUAGGGUUGGAAUGGCUUGGCCAUGGCGCGCUUUCCAUCGCAUUCUUGCUCCUCUAGAGCGAUCGAUCUUGCCGGCAGGAGCUGGCCUUCCCUCACGGUUCCAGAAUGCCACGACCAGCGGCAGGCUGGAUCGAUCGUCCCACCGGCACUUCCAUUCCGAUGAAGCAUCGGCGGCCAGGGUCUCUCUCAAAUCCAGGAAGCUGGAGGAGGUUGUCAUCGCGAUCGGGGGGAAUAUCGGCGACCGGGUCAGGAAUUUCGACACGGCGCUGAGGAUGAUGCGAAGCUCUGGAAUCCAGAUCAAGAAGCACGCCUGCCUGUACGAGACAGCGCCAAUGCAUUUGCUGGAUCAGCCUCUCUUCCUCAACUCGGCCGUGACUGCCACAACGAGCCUGGAUCCUCACGAGCUGCUGGUGGCCUUGAAGGAGAUUGAGAGAAAGCUGGGGCGCAGCCAAGGUGGUGUCAAGUAUGGACCGAGGCCGAUCGAUCUCGACAUCAUUUUCUACGGGGAUUUGGAGCUCAGCUCGGAGAACUUGCGGGUUCCUCAUCCUAUGUUCUCUGGGAGGCCUUUCGUGCUGGCUCCGCUCCUCGAUCUUCUUGGUCCGGAAGUGGAGGAUAGCAGGCAUUGGUCUUUGGUCCAUCAAGUUCGGAGACACUGGAACGAUAUAGGUGGCGAAGGAUGCGUCAAGAGAGAAGGGAUGAAGAAGGUGCUUCCUGUGGGUGGAAAGCUUCUGGACUGGCAGGAGAGGACUUACGUGAUGGGGGUUCUUAAUGUCACUCCGGACAGCUUUAGCGAUGGUGGCAAGUUCUUCACAGCUGACAAAGCAGUGAAGCAAGUCCAGGAAAUGAUCGAACAAGGAGCCGACUUCAUAGAUGUUGGAGCGCAAUCGACAAGGCCAAAUGCCGAGCGUCUUACCACUGAGGAGGAGCUUCGACGGAUCGUGCCAGUGCUGGAGGGUCUGAAGAGCACACCGGACAGAUCCAGGGUCGUGCUCUCGGUGGAUACCUUCGACUCCAACGUUGCAAGAGCAGCUGUAGAGCUGGGUGCUGAUCUGAUAAACGAUGUCUCGGGUGGCAGCUUGGAUCCGAAGAUGCUGGGGACAGUAGCCGAGCUGGGGGUUCCUUGUGUGCUAAUGCAUAUGAGGGGCGAUCCAUGCACGAUGCUGAGUGAAGCCAACACAAGUUACAGCGAUCUACCACGAGACGUGGCCAGGGAACUCGCUGUGAGCAUCGAACAAGCCGAGGUUGCUGGAGUUCCGGCAUGGAAGAUUAUAGCUGACCCGGGGUUUGGAUUCUCGAAGACCGCCGAGCAGAACGUGGAGCUGCUGGCGAGGCUUGAUACGUUCAGAUCCGGGCUGACGCAGGCGAGAUUUGGGGUUGGAAGUAUCCCGGUUCUGGCAGGGAUCUCGAGGAAAGCUUUUCUUGGUCAGAUCGUUGGCUGCUCCAGGGCCGAAGACCGGGACAAUGCCACGAUCGCUGCUGCUACGACAGCGAUUUUAAAGGGUGCGAAUGUUAUAAGAGCCCACAACGUAAAAGCUGUUCGAGAUGGCGCUAUGGUGGCUGACUCGAUCCGCAAAGUCCUGGCAAGCUAAUCAAGGGCUGAUUGAAGAAAAGAUUCGAGUGCAAGGAUGAUGCAAAUGAUUCUUUCUAGCUGUUUGCAAUACUUCAAGGCGGUGGCCUAUGCAGAGCAGCACCUGUAACAUGGGAGGAUUUUUCUACAAAAUUAACAUACAAAAUUAAUAGUACAGUGUAAUUGUACAAUUAUACAUGUGAAGCAUCUGAACCGUCCAUAAAAAAUUAUGCGAUCUUAAAAGAG